CAGAAAAGUUGCCAGAGAAACUCCAGAUCAGUUUGAUCAAGACGUUCUCCCACACUCCAAGAGAGUCUUUUGUCUGAGACCCGUUGAUCACUACAGGAGCUUCCUGAAGCCUGGCUCACCAGAAGACACAGCAAAAUAAAAAGCACCACGCACUUUCACUCUUCCACACCACUCUCCACUAACCUCCAAGUUCUGUGUACGCUCAAGCUCUAACCCCCACUGCCAGCAUGGAGAAGGUUCAGCACAUGGCUCGCUCUGUUAUCAGGAGGGCUUCCACCAUCGAGGUGAACCCACAGACCAAACAGAACAUGCAGAAGCUCUUUGUCAAUUUCUGCCUCAUUCUCAUUUGCCUCCUGCUAAUCUACAUCAUUAUGUUGCUACUCUGAGACCCCACCUGGCUCCCUACUUACAGCAGUGACCACCGGCUAGCCAAUGGGAAGACGAACUGUGAUGGUGGAUGCGGGUGGGUGGGUUUUUAGGGAGAACCAAGGAAUGUGCUUCCUUCUGGCUUGCUAUUUGUUUUCAGUUCCAAAGAAGGCUAUAUUUAAAAAAAAAAAAGAAGAAAGAAAUAUUUAUGUUGUCUAAAAUAAAAGCAUUUCUGAUAGUGUGUGUGAAAAAAAAUGUUAGGUAAAAGCAAUGCGCCUGUAAUGUCUUUGUGGACAUUUUUGUUAUGCGAUAAUGAGAUUGAAUGUCAGAUUUUAAAUGAUAUGUUCUGCUGAGGGGGGAGGGAGUUUGGGGUGUGUUCCAGAUAAAGACAGCACUGAUUAAUGCAGUUUCUAAACGGUUCGCCGCACGUGUGAAAUUAAUUUGAUCGUCACAGAUCCCUUCACCGGUUUGGCACCAAUGCAUAUUGGGACUGAAGGAAAAGGAAAAUGCUCAGCACUAUGUCACAAUGUUACGAGCACAUCUGCCUCAGCACUCCUCUGUUGAUCAUGUUGUAUGAAGUGGUUUUCUGUUAAAUGGACACCAGCAACUGUAUUAAAAUCACACACAAGCAGCAUUACUUUAUGGGAGAAAAAAAUAACCUAUGCAAUAAAAUGUACAAAGAGCUGGUGUGUUUCGGUCACCGAUUGUGUUUGUAGAUGAUGACCUGAAUUAGGUCACUGCCAUUUGACUCUGGGAAAGAUAAUGGGGCCUGCAAGCACACAAUUACUUUACAGGUGGUGCUUUUGAUCUUUAAAACUAAUUAUGUAAACUCUAUCUAUCUUUAUAAUGCUUGACGGGGUUUUUCUCCCAUUUAUUUUGUACUCCUUCUGAAGAUACUCAGCACUUAAUAUGUGUGAGCAUGUGUGUGUGUAUGGGCAGGUAUUACUAUUAAUUUGGGGACAACAUUU